GAAGUCCUUUUUUCCAGUUUAUGGGUACUUGUUCUUCGUCCCAAAUCUUAUUGAAGAGGAUGUGGUCCUUAAGUUGGCAGAUAAAUAUCCCGUCUAGGUGACAAGGGACUCAAAUUGAUUAGGACUAAUGGAGGAUUUUGAAUCAUUUAACAUAGACACGACAGUCGAGCAAUCAAUGCAAAUAUUUAUGAAACCCGUCUGCUUGCUGUAUAAACUAUGCAUAUGCUACAUAUUUGAAGGUGAAUAUAGAUAAUUUAAUUUAUGUUUCAGUUUUAGGAACAAAUCCGAGGAUGGAUCAGUUGUACUCUUUUGUUUCCGUAUGUUUCCUUUGUCCGUACACGUGGAUUGUUGUUGCUGUUGGUGCAUUGUAUAUUAUCAAGAGAGAAUACUUCGGUCAUUGCGAGUGUACUCUUGAGGAUCGUUUGGAUGGUAAAACAGUUAUUGUUACGGGAUGCAAUACUGGUAUUGGAUUAGAAACGGUCAAUGAGUUGGCUCAUCGUGUGGCCCGUGUUAUAAUGGCAUGCAGAGACCUAAGGAAGUGCGAAUCGGCUCGACAGGAGCUUCUGACUAGGACCUGUAAUGAGAAGCCAUCAGUACUCAGUUUUCAUUUGGAACCAGAUCAACUUAUCUGUGAAGAGUUGGAUCUGGAGUCACCAAAAUCUAUUCGAGAGUUUGCGAAUCGUAUCAUUAAUAGAGAAAAGUCAAUUCCCAUCUUAAUUAAUAAUGCUGGGGCAGAUUUUCCGGAGAAGAUUUACGAUGAGCUUGGGACUGAGAAACAUUUGAAAGUGAAUCAUCUGGGUCAUUUUCUGCUUACUAAAUUAUUAAAGCCGUGUUUGAAAGCCUCUGAUGGAGAACCUUGUCGUGUAAUUAUUCUCUCAUCUUUGUCACAUUGGUUUGCUAAAUUACACCCGAAUAGCGGGUUCUUGUCAGGUGUAGGCUCUGGUUAUGCUAUUAGCAAGCUGAUAAAUGUAAUUCAUGCACGUGAGAUUUGCAAACGCUGGUCUGAGGAUGGAAUUAUUUCAGUCAGCGUUCAUCCAGGCUUAGUGAGAACAUCCAUUUUUCGUUCAUGCAAAUGGAAAUAUUUUUUAGUCUACUAUUUAUUUCGAUGGUUGACAAAAACAUCUCGUGAAGGUGCUCAGACCACAGUAUUUUGUGCCCUUGAUAAAAAUCUGAUUUCUGGUGCAUUUUAUUCUGAGUGUCGACCACGUAGGUGUAAUUUUCAAGCAUUAAAUGACGAAAUUUGCAAUCAUGUGUGGAAAACUUCGGAAGCGCUUAUUGACGAGUGGGAAUCAUUUGGUCAGAAGUAGAAUUUGAAAAUAUUUGUUAUUACUAAGUGCUGUGUUAAAUUAAUGACAUGUAAAUGCCACUGAGCUCAUAAAUUUUCGUCUUGCUUAUGUGAAACAAUAAAACAUUUUCUGGAUUCUUUUUGUUCAUUUUGCUUGAAUGACUAACAUUCCAC